AAAGAAGACACGGCUCAAUGUGCAAACCUUCCCCAUCUCCGGCUUCUCCUCCUUCCAACUCCAACAGAGCAUCACACGUACAGAUGAAACCGAAAACCUGUAUGAGCAGCCAUAACCCUGUCAGCAGUAACUCAAAGCCAUUCAAAGCGCCCAAAGACAAUCUACUUACCUCCAACAACAAACAACACACAGUGUUCCCUUCUAAAGUGUCAAGAGAUAAACCAUGUGGCCCUGUUCCUGUUGUGAGCCUCGAGAAAAUCCCAAAUCUUGUGAAAACAGAUGGUGCCAAUGUUAAAAUGAAUUCAGCCACCACAACAACUUCUUCAACAUCCUCCCUCACAAAGCAGCCUGUGGUACCAAAACCUGUGCCAGCCUCACCUGAAAAGAUACUGAAUGGGAAGGGAAUCAAUGCUUUAGAUAAGAAGCAUCAAAAUGGUACCAAAAACAGUAAUAAGCCUUACAAAAGACUUUCAGAAAGAGAAUUUGACCCAAAUAAGCACUGUGGAGUAUUAGAUCCAGAGACGAAGAAACCAUGUACAAGGUCUCUCACUUGCAAGACGCAUUCCCUUUACCACAGACGAGCUGUGCCAGGUCGUAAGAAACCAUUUGACGUAUUAUUAGCCGAACAUAAAGCGCGAUCGAGGGAAAAAGAGGUGACUAAAGAUAAAGAACAUCCACAGAACUCCCGAGAAACGCAUCAGAACCAGUCUGCACCAGCACAAGAACAGUCAUCAGGGCCAUCUGCCAACUCUGUACCUGAACCCAAAGUGACAUCCCCAGCAAAAGCCAGACCUACUAAUUCUGUCCUACCUAGACCAUCUUCUGUAAAUAGCCUCAAUAGCACGAGUUCUUCAAACCAUAGUGGGUUUGUUGCGGAGCCUGCUGUAAAUUCUGUGGCAGGUGAUCUGGCCAAUCGACUCUCUAGUGAUGAAGGCGAAGCUGAAGGUGCAGAAGAAACAGAAAAACUAGACUGUUACUACUCGGGGCAUCAUCCUAAGCCUCUUGCGUUCUGCUCUUUUGGCAGCCGCUUAAUGGGACGAGGGUACUAUGUAUUUGAUAGAAGGUGGGAUCGAUUUCGGUUUGCGUUAAAUUCCAUGGUGGAAAAACACUUGAAUUCACAGAUGUGGAAAAAAAUUCCUCCAGCUGCUGAUAGUCCAAUGGCUUCUCCAGCAGCACAUAUCGGUAGCCCUUUUCCUGCAUCUGUUUUGCAGCCCUACAGCAGCCCAAGUUCAGUGUACCUCCCUUCUCCACCCACUAAUUCCAGAACCACCUCCUCUUAUAUAUUGUCCAGUACAUCUUUUGUUUCAUCGAGUGACACAAACUCUGUUGCAUCACACACCACAGCAUUCCCCCAGGUCACGACAACACUGAAUAUCAUGGACUCCACUUUCAAAGCCCCUUCUGCCAUCUCCCCAGUGCCGACCACCAGCCCGUCACCGUCACACAAGCCGUCAAAGUCGAAACCAGGAAAAUCAUCAAAAGCAAAAGAUCUGUCUUCACGGAGCGAUGAGCCUUCAAGUAACAAAAAGAAAAAGCCUCAGACGCCUUCUUCCACCUCUUCCUCAUCUUUACCUUUGCAGACGUCAUCCUCAUCUACGUUUUCAGGGUCCCACAAGAAAAACUGCGUAUUGAACUCUAAUGCGACAUUAAACUCUUAUCAGGCAACUUCUUCCUUUAAUAGUGUGUCUGUGCACAAUGCAAACAAUGGAACAAGCCCAAUUAGUGCCAAACUGGAAUCACCAGGAAGGACUUCUUUGUCUGGUAGCUCAACGGACUCCAUAAAACACAUGAGUAUGGUUGUUAGCAGUAUUGACUCGAGCCUGUCGGUGUCUUCCCUUGUACAUCAUCCUGGGGAGCAUACACUGGCAGUUCACAAUGCAGUGUCCUCGCUGCCUCUUCCCUUUGACAAAACAGAGGGAAAAAAGCGUAAAAACUCUAGCGCAAGCAGUAAGGCCUGCAAAAUCACUAAAAUGCCUGGUAUGAACAGUGUUCAUAAAAAGAGCACCACCAACCUUAUAUCUUCUGUGCCAGAUCCACCAAACAGCUCCAUGUCAAGACAGAUGGGGAAAAGUAGCAGUGUAGCUUUGUCACAAUCUACUACUUCAAGUACAUCAAAUACUGCACACAACAAACAAAAGACGACGAACCGCACUGGCAGAAUACGAACACUUCCAUGA